AAGAUUAAUGAAACAGAUGAACAGCGAGAAGCACGUCUUAAACGUGAAAGAGAACAAAAACGUCAAAAAAGAUCGAAAGAACUCUUCGAGCAACAAAGAAUAUCAAACGAGAAUAGUGAAGAACAUGAAAUGCGCCUUACCCACGAGAGAGAACAUAGGCGUGAAUCGCGUGUUCAAGUACUAACUCAAAGAUGUAUGAAUAUACAACAUAAGGAGGUAGCAACGCGAAAUCAAAAAGCAACGCAAAAAAAUAAUAAUAAUAACUCACCCACAUACGUAGCACCACUCGCACCACUCUCAGCCACUACUAUUAGUGAGGAAGAACAUCAUAUCUUAUAG